UUUCUGAACUUGAACAUUUAUGUCAAUAGGCAUCUACUAACCAAUUCAAAAUGCAACUUUUAUUUGUUUUUGGGUCUCUUAGAUUCUCAUAAGAAAAAACAGUUUGUCCUUGUUUUGUUUUGUUUUGUUUUGUUUGAUGGAGGUUGUUAUAUUAGAAUGUUUUUCCUUUUGAAAGGUAGUGGGUUGAUCAUUCCAAUUUGUGUCAGGCCCAGGAAGACAGAGGAAACCUAGGAUCUGAUGGCAUUUUGCUGCUUAAAUCCCCAAGCAGGGGAGGGAGUUCCUAUGUAGACAUCUGCCCAGGUUUUUCCUCAGUGUAUGGAGAUGUAAAGAAAUGCCUUCCAACUUCAAAGAGCCCACUGUCAGUACCAUGUUAAAGAGGAAAGGGGAAAGAACUGACUCCAGCAGCCAUCAAUCAGGUCAUCUCUGUGCUCUCCAUUUCUGGACGGAGGCCUUCUGGAUCACUGACCAUGCACUUCUUGAAUCAUGGUGUGGCUUUAGACUUCAGUGUGAUGUAGCGGACCUGAUCCUUUGCGGCACAUCAGAUAUAGGAAACGUGCAGUGGAUGAAUAUAUUGCCAUUGCAAAGGAGAAACAUGGCUACAAUGUGGAACAGUGUGAUGGAACGUAAGUCCAUUAAAAACCAAAGGGGAUUGAUUUCUCUUCAAAGGCACUUGGCAUGUUGUUCUGGCAUAAACAUAACAUUGAGAAGUCCCUUGCUGAUCUCCCUAAUUUUACUCCCUUUCCGGAUGAGUGGACAGUGGAAGAUAAAGUCCUAUUUGAACAAGCCUUUAGUUUUCAUGGGAAGAGCUUUCACAGGAUUCAACAAAUGCUUCCAGAUAAGACCAUUGCUAGUCUUGUAAAAUAUUACUAUUCCUGGAAAAAAACUCGAUCUAGGACAAGCUUGAUGGAUCGCCAGGCUCGGAAACUAGCUAAUAGACAUAAUCAGGGUGACAGUGAUGAUGAUGUGGAAGAAACACAUCCAAUGGAUGGAAACGAUAGUGAUUAUGAUCCCAAAAAAGAAGCCAAAAAAGAGGGUAAUACCGAACAACCUGUCCAAACUAGCAAGAUUGGACUUGGAAGGAGAGAGUAUCAGAGUUUACAACACCGCCAUCAUUCUCAGCGUUCUAAGUGCCGUCCACCUAAGGGCAUGUAUUUAACCCAGGAAGAUGUGGUAGCUGUUUCCUGUAGUCCCAAUGCAGCCAACACUAUCCUCAGGCAACUGGACAUGGAGUUGAUCUCUUUAAAACGCCAGGUUCAGAAUGCUAAGCAAGUAAACAGUGCACUUAAACAGAAAAUGGAAGGAGGAAUUGAAGAAUUCAAACCUCCUGAGUCAAAUCAGAAAAUUAAUGCCCGUUGGACCACAGAGGAGCAGCUUCUAGCAGUGCAAGGUGUCCGCAAAUAUGGUAAAGAUUUUCAAGCUAUUGCAGAUGUAAUUGGCAACAAGACUGUUGGCCAAGUGAAGAACUUCUUUGUAAACUACAGGCGUCGGUUUAACUUAGAGGAGGUAUUGCAGGAGUGGGAAGCAGAACAAGGAACCCAGGCUUCUAAUGGUGAUGCUUCUACUUUAGGGGAGGAGACAAAAAGUGCUUCUAAUGUGCCAUCAGGGAAGAGCACUGAUGAAGAAGAGGAGGCACAGACCCCACAGGCUCCUCGGACUCUGGGUCCAUCACCUCCUGCCCCACCAUCCACUCCAACACCAACAGCCCCCAUUGCCACUCUGAACCAGCCUCCACCACUUCUUCGUCCAACACUGCCUGCUGCCCCUGCUCUUCACCGGCAGCCUCCUCCGCUCCAGCAGCAGGCUCGGUUCAUCCAGCCUCGGCCAACUCUAAAUCAGCCUCCACCACCUCUCAUUCGCCCUGCUAACUCUAUGCCACCCCGUCUAAACCCAAGACCAGUGUUGUCCACAGUUGGUGGUCAGCAGCCACCAUCACUUAUUGGAAUUCAGACAGACUCACAGUCCUCACUGCACUAAAAUUAAGUUGGACAGAGCUGCAGUAACUUUUCCCACACCAUAUACCAAUGCUCAUCUGACCAGCAAGAACGAGGAAAGACUAAUCCUUCCUAGAUACUGAGGCUGGAACUGAGGCAGUGGGCUAGCGUAGUGGAUGUCUAAGAAAUUUUUUAGUUCACACAACUGAGAUGUUGUAUAAGAAGAAGCCUACAGUUAGGCUCCUUUCUAGAGUAUAUGUUCAGCAACAUGCUCUCAUAAAAGGAAAAAAAAAAAGAUUAAGUAUUCUAUAUACCAAGGGGUUUUUGUUUUUACUGUAUUUAUUUUAUUGAGAUUUCUUUAUAUUCCUGCCUCUUCAUAGUCAAGGCUCUUAGUACAAGAAUAUUGACUUAGGAAUUGUGAAAACUCCUUAAGUUUCUCAAGAUAAGGAUGUUUGACUUUUUUUUUUCUUUAAUUUAAUUUUAACAUUUUCCUAUGUUAGGAGUGUAAGAAUAAGUAGCCUGCAUUUCAUAUUUUGGCAUCUGUUCAUUUAAUGCAUAUUUAAGAAAUUAUAGCCACAUAUCCCCUUUUUUUAAAAAAAAAAUCUUGCUUUCUUUUCUAAAGGAAUACUAAUAUGUUCCUUUCAAAGAAAGCAAUUUAAUCAAUUGCAAAGCAAUUAUAUGAAACCAGAAAGAAUGUACUGAACCUACUAACCAUUUAAAAUGAGCUUAGGGUCCUAGUGCAAAGUCCUUGCUUAAAGGUCAUUGACCUGUCAUCUAUCAGUAAGAAGAGGAUCAGAGUAAUAAUACAUACGAAUGAGGAGUUAAUUUGUUAAAGGACAAUGUCUUUAAGUUCCUUGAAAAUGAAGUUAAUUUUGAUUUUUUUUUAAUGUUUCUAAAUGCUGUCUGCUUUUAACUAGUAGUUGCCUACAUCUAGGGAUGUUAGGAGCAAAUUAUAUUUUGUCAGUUAUGUGGAGAUAGUGGUAAUGGAAGCAUUUAUUACAAUACCCUUUUUGUGUUUAGGUUCUGAACUUAAAACUGCCCUCAUACUUAAUAUGGCCUGCAUUUAAUAUAAAUGAUGGUUUCUUGAUAAAUCUCUAUUGUACUAUUUGGAUACAUUUAUGUAUUUCUUGCAGCCAACGUGUAUGACUGGGUUUGGUUUAGGAUUAAAUCAUCAACAUUAUUUUAUAAAAUAAAUUUAAGGAUUUGUUCUGUGUUAUCUAAAGAUAUAUCGGUAUAUUGUCACAAUUGUGCUGUUAACUUAAAAUGCUGAGACCCCUUUUUAUAAAGAAACAAAAAAACAUUUCAGGUCUUCUUAAUUCAACACAUAAUCAUUAAGCACUUACAAAGAAUAUUUUAAAAGUGAUAGUAUUUCAACAAUGUGUUACUAAUAUUUUUGAUAUGAUGAUUUCAUAUUGGAAUCAUGACUUGUGCAAAGGGACAGAUUGCUCAGAUUGCUAUACUAGUGGAACAUAAGGCUAAAUGUUUGCACAUUCACAUUCUCAUCAUAUUUAGAACUACUUCACAAAAUGGUCAACAUCCAAGGGCCUAAUUUAUUAUUUGAGAGGUCGUAUAUUCCCAAAUUAUUGGGAAGAUA